AUGAAGGAGACGAUAAUGAACCAGGAGAAGCUUGCCAAACUGCAGGCGCAGGUCCGCAUCGGUGGCAAGGGGUCAGCACGCAGGAAGAAGAAGGUGGUGCACAGAACAGCUACAGCCGAUGAUAAGAAGCUGCAGUUUUCACUGAAGAAACUGGGCGUGAACAGUAUCUCUGGUAUCGAGGAGGUUAAUAUGUUCACAAACCAGGGCACAGUGAUCCAUUUUAAUAACCCAAAGGUUCAGGCCUCCUUGGCUGCCAACACUUUCACAAUCACAGGCCACGCUGAGGACAAACAGUUAACAGAGAUGCUCCCAGGAAUCCUAAACCAGUUAGGAGCUGACAGUCUUACCAGCCUCAGGAGACUAGCGGAGACCCUGCCCAAACCAGGCGGAGAGAACAAAGCUCCUGUAGUUGCUGAAGAGGAGGAUGAUGAGGUUCCAGAUCUUGUUGAAAACUUUGACGAGGCUUCAAAGAACGAGGCCAACUAACCACCACCGCUGGAGCGUUUAGUUUSCUCGGGCCAUCAGAUUCAGCAGAGAAUUGUUUUAUGGUUCUCUCAAUUCAUUGUGGCUUCAGACAGAAGUGGAUUUUGUUAUAAAUGUGUAAGUUGGGCUAGAAUGUGUCAAAUUUACACCUAACAACUUUUUCUUUUUCUGCUGUUCAAAGUAAAUUAAUUCAGCGACAUGUGCACACAUUUCUCCGUCUCACACUCCUGCACUGUAUUACCGACACAACAAAAAUGUACUGGUGGUCUUAAUUAUGUAAUAAAGAUUGUUUCACCUUCUUUUA